CUGUGAACUGCGGUACUGUUUUCUUGUGCAUGGAGGGCAAAAGUUGCACGUUUGAUCCGUUAAACUGCGUAAUUGUGCAUUUCUGUGAGGAUUUUAAUUUGUCAAGAAGAAAGAAACAUUUACAAAAUGGAGGACUCAAGUCUGGAUGAUUUUUUCGCCAAGAAAGACAAAACAAAAAAGAAAAACAAAUCAAAAUUAACUCCCAGUGACAUCCUUGCCCAACAGGAAGCCGGUAUCAAGAAGUCAAAGAAGAAAAAAGAUAAAGAAAACGAAGCACAAUCAGAAGAAAGAAAAGUUACCAAUGUAAUCUUAGCUCAGGAUGAUGAAGAAUGGGUUGACUUUGAACAGGAAACAGAAACAGACUACAGUGGGUUGAGGAUACAGAAUUUACAAAUAUCUAACAAAGAAGAGGAAGAUGGAGAAGAAGAAGUGAAUGAAAAUGAAAAUGAAGAAGAUGGAGAGACUAAAGAAAAGAGAGAAGCUGUCUCAGGCCCUUGGCAUAAAUCCCAACAGUCUACACAACCUGUACAUGUAGCACCAACAGCAGUGCCAGAACCUCCACCGCCUGAACCUGAAACUCCAAAAGAAGACAAACCAAAACUAGGCAAAUAUGUUCCUCCUGGUGCAAGAGCAGGAGGCCAGUCAGCAUCAGGAACACCAACAAGACCAACACCCAGAAGGAAAAGAACUGCUCCAAAUUUACAUAGUGAAGACGAUUUCCCCACAUUAGGAGGAGGCAAUACUCCAGAGAUUAAAAGUUGGGGAAGCUCAAGUGAAUCUAGAGGAGAUUUUGAAAAAGUACAGUCAGGAGGAAGAAAUAUAGACGAUUCUAAUAAAGUUAGCCAACAGUUAUCACUUGGAAAUAGAUAUUCUUCUCUUCAGGAUUGAUACAUGCUACUUUUAGGAUUGCUUAUUUCAUUUUUGAAGAUCAGCUGUGAUGAAGAUCUACACUGGUGUCACUGUUGAUAUUUUAUUUAGUCAUUUUCUAGUUGAAAUGAUAGAGACUUGUGAAACGUCUAUAAAAUUUAACUUGUUACAAUUUUCAUAAUUUAUUGAUACGUAUGUUACCAUUUCUGAUAUAUUAAAUUCAUUUAUUGAUCUGGUUUGUUUAUAUCAAAUAAUAAAGUGCUAUAUUGAAAUAUUUGCAGAAGCAAAUUUUCUAUUACUUAUAAAAGGAAUUUUUUAUAGGUUCAUUUCAUUUGAACAUAAAAUAGAAAACAGAAUUUUAUGAAGAAACAUCAAAGGUUUAAAAAAAAAAGCCCAAUUUACUUCAUAUUUCUGACAAGACACAUCAUACCCAUGGUACUAUAGACUCACUAUGAUUUUCACCAUUUUUGCAAUAAACUUGCUCAGAAUUUCCAUGCACUCGUCACCAUCAAUUAGUAGUCAAGAGCCAAUAGGUUAAUAGGUUGUUUCUCUAUUUCACUGGAAAGUGGUCGCUGUUUUGUUGGUGAAAGUCGUUAUUAGAUUUUCCAGUCAAUCUUCAUUGAUUGUAAUGAUGAUGUUUUAGAUAGCUUGUCAUUGUACAAUAACCAAAAAAAAUGUUGACAUUAAAUGUUAUGAUUGAGUGUGGUGUUCUUGUGAUUGUGAUAUUGAAAUAUUAUAAACAUACAUGCAUUGCUAAUUUGGACAAGGUCAGUAAUUGUAUAGUUUAAGCUAUUGUUUGCUGUGAUUUUCAUAGAAAAACAUGAAAUUUUCUUCAUAAUUUUGGAAAAUAACUAUAAAUAUUUCAAUGCAGCUUUCUACUGAAUUCUUGUUUAUUUUUUCCAAUUUUUAUAGAAAAAUAAAUUCUGUAUAAGGCAUAAAACUUUAUGCACUGUGAUAUUCAACUAAGGCUUACUCUGUAUGCAUUAUUAAAUGUUUUUUUUAGUCUAAUCAAUACAGCUACCUUAACAUAUAAUACAUGUUCUAGUCUUGGUUAAAAAUUACAAUGUCAUCAAUUAUCAGUGUUUUAUUUAUGCUUUACUUUACAUGUGUUUAUCUUACCUCCUAUAUUGGUGACAUUUUGUAGAUGAUAUGUCUUCUUGUUUAGACUUUCAGUACCUAUUAUAAAGUGUUUAUUGCCCAGUUACAGUAGAUGAGGAUGUACAUUUGAUAGCUAAAUGCAAAUAUAAACACUAAGAUUUUUCCAUAAACAAUGAGGGCAUAGCUUGGUGUGUGAACAGAAACCAUAUAUAUAUAUAUAUCAUAUUUAUCUGGAUUAUAUUUGACAAACCAUGUUGUAACCAGACUAUUUUUUUUGAUAUUCUAAACAAUGCUUUGAAUGGUUCUUCUCAAUUUUUUAUUUUGAACCUUUUGCAUCUGUCAUCUGCAUUAUUUUUGAAAGCAUGCAAGCUGAACUUUAGUAAAUUUUUAGUUGAUAAGAUGGUAUUUGAUUUUAAGGGCCCAUCCAUUUGUAUUAAUCAGCAUAUAUUGUAAAACAUAAGUAAAUGUAAUUUAUUUUCAGAUAAUGACGGUAUUAAAAUUAGGAUUUUUAAAGACGAUGCAACACUGAUAGUUGCCAUAAGUAGUACAGUAGACUAUGAUUUGUUACAUUAGUUGGUGAAGUAGUGACAUUGGUAAUGCUUUUCAGGAAAUGACAUUAUGCAUUUACAAACACCUUUUUACCUUAUCCUCAUUUUCAUUUAAGUAAAGCUACAUUUGUAAGAUUUUUUAUCAAGACUUUUUUCACCAAUUUUCUCUCUAAUUUUCAUGCUCACGUAUUUAGAUUAACUCUUCAGGGAUACAAAUGUAGGUAUGCUCCUUGUAAAAGUGGUUAAAUAUAAGUUAACCAUACUCAAUCUUUCAAAUUGUCAUACUGUCUUUCCUUUAUGUCAUAUGACCUUCUCCUCAUUUUCAUGCUGCAGUGGUCAGGUCAAGAAUUCAGAAUUAUGUUCUUUCUUUAACGUACAUGAUAGCUCAUCAGUAUUUGGUAUAUAAAUGUGCUGAAGAUAAAUAUUCAUUUGACUUCAUUGUAAACCUUUUACCUCACUUUCACGUUCCAGUUGUCAGGUUCAAGAUAAUAGUCUGUUCUUCAAUACCUCUUUAUAAUAGGUCCUAAUUUCAUGUCCUCUAACCCAGUUGACCCAUUAUACAGUACCUACUUAUUUGACGUAUUGUUUGAUUUUCUUUAUCCUAAACAAUCAAACAUUAAUUCAUUAAAGGUCAAAUAUUUUUGAUAGUUGGUUCAAAUAAGUACUGUAAAUUCAGAUAUUAUUGCGAUUUUGUCAUUUUUGACUAAAAUGCAAUUAUUAUUUUUGCGAUACUGCAAAAAAUCCUACUUCAUUCAUAUAGAAAAAUCCAGAUUUUUCGAUUACAACCCUGUCACAUAUUUUGCAAUAAUAAUAACAUCGCAAUAAUUUCCAAAUUUACAGUAUAUGUCUUGCAUGUCAUAUGGCUUUGACCUGUUCAUAAUGUAGUGUUAAUUAGAAUAAAUAUUUUAUCAGUAGCUCAACAAUAUUUAUUAAAUUGAUUUGUUGUAAGGAGUAGAUUUCCGUGUGAUAUAAACAUGAGAUAACAAUAAGAUUUUAACAAGUAUGCCAAGUGUGGGAAGUCAAGUUUAUAAGUAAUGAUACAUGAUAAGAUAAGUCAGAAAAUAUUUUGUAUAUGAAAAACAUCUAAAUCUGUUUAUGUAAAUGUUAUAUUUGGCCUUGUGCUCAAUCUCAUGCUCCAGUUGUCAGGUUUAGUUGUUAGGAUAAGGUCCUUUUUCUGGGUAAUUUUACAUUAUAGGUUGACAAUAUUUAGUAUGUGUUUUUGUUGUCUGAAAUUCAUUCAAAUCACAUAUCGCCAUGACCUUGUUUACAUGAUCUAAAUGUCAGUUGUGUUUAUAUUUUUAUUACAAUCGGAGAAAUUAUACUUGAUAGAUGAUUUUUAUGCCCCCACUGUAGCGGAUGGGGCAUUAAGUUUUACCCUUGUCCGUCUGUACGUAUGUACGUCCCAAAGUUGGUUUUCGUUCUCUAACUUUAGUUUGCCUCAACAAAAUAUUAUGAAACUUAUAUACAAUGCUUAUUACAACAAAAUACAGAUCAAGUUUGAAUUUUGGUGGUGUCACAUUUACUGUUCUAGAGUUAUGCCCCUUUACAAAUGGAAAAAAUUGCUGAAUUUUUCGUUUCUGUUCUCUAACUUAAGUUUGCCUCAACCAAAUGUUAUGAAACUUAUACACAAUACUAAUUACCACAAAACUCAGAUCAAGUACAAAUUUGGGUAGUGUCACUUUUACCGUUCUUCAGUUAUGUCCCUUUAUAACUUUAUAUGAUAUGCAAGCAGGGGCAUUAUCUGUCCCAUGGACACAUUCCCCAUUAAUUUUUUUUUAGAAUUUAGAAGAAAUAUAUGUGCAUGUUGACAGGUAUCAUGUGAACAUAACCUCAGUUUCAGAUUUUUCAAUGACCAUUAAUCUACUGUUAAGAAAUUAUUGCAUACAUUUAUUGAUGUGAUUGUUGAUGAAAAGACAAAAAUGUGAGAUUUAUUAAUGUGAUUUCUGAAAAAUCUGCACACAAAUAAUGCAAAAGAAAUUAAAAUGGGAAAUAACGUUACUGCAAAGAUUAUCUUGACACAUGUUUUGCAAAAAUAAGACCACAAAAAUUAUUUUACUGUAAUCCAAAUAUUGUAGCAGGCAAGACAUUUUAAACUGUCAACUCUUGUCUUGAUUUUUAACUUGUUUUGUGUAUAUCUAUACAUGUGUUGCAUGAAAGCUAGAAAAUGUGUUAAAUAUGUAAACAUUGGGAUUUGUUGAAUGUAAGAAUUAUUAAAUUGAAUAUAAGAAAAAUGUAUGUUUAUAUAUACUGCGGUUGUUGCUUAUGUUUUAUUUUCAUUAAUUGCUUUGAAUAGGAUAUAGGUUAAAAUCAGACAAAACAGUUAUAUGACUGAAUAGUGUCAUAUCAAUUAUAUUCAUGACUAUUCCAGUAAUGAAAUAUUGUAUGCAAACUUGUCUGUAAUGAAAUACUUGUAAGGUAUUGAGGGGAUUAGAAAAAAAGAUAAACAAUUUGUAGAAUCUGACAACAAAAAGAGCUAUCAGAUGAUUUCUUUCUGGAAAUGUUCUUUAUGAUUAUAAUGGAAAUUUUUAUGACACAGAAUUAAAAUGAUAUACAGUA